CACUGCAUUAAUAACGGAAGACCUUCUCCGGUCGGGAAGAGAGCUGCGAGCGACAUGGCCACUCAGAGGGUGUUGGUAUUCCUGCUGGCGGCGUGCUGCUCGCAUUGCCUGGGCUACUACCCGCCGCCCCCACCAGCCUACCCGCCUCCACCGCCGCCCCCGGGCUACUACGCCGCCACCGAGACCGCCGCCUCCUCCACGUCGACCUCCCAGGCAACGCGCGCCGCCGUCUCCUCAGCUGCCCCCUACUACCCGCAGUACCCCUACUACCCGCCGCCGCCGCCGCCGCCCCCUUUCGGCACCGCGUCCUCCGCCUCGGCGGCCACCGCCGGGGCCGGGCCGGGGGCGGCGUCCAGCGCCGCCUCGGCCGCCGCGUCGGCCGCCCCCGCCGGCCGCUACUACGACUACCCCUACUACCCGUACUACCCGCCGCCGCCACCACCCUACUACGGCGCGGAGCCGGCCGCCGCGGCCUCCGCCGCCUCCGCCGCCUCCGGGGCCGGGCCGGAAGCGGGCGCAAGCUCCGCCGCCGCCUCCGCCGCCGCUCCUGGGUCCUACUCCGCACCGCCUGGCUACGGCUACCCCGGGUAUCCCUACUUGCCGCCUCCCUAUGGCUGUGGGUACCCCUGGUGACGGCGUGACUUGUUUUGUACUGCAACUUACAACUCAUUGUUUAUGUAAAUACAGCUUGAUUCUUCAAGAAAACCAAAGCACAUGUUU